AGGUGAUAAAAGAAGCUGUUUCUCUGUUUAAUGUAGCUGUGAUACUCUUGCAGAAGAGAAGAGCAGUAGUGAAGCCAGUUGUGGAUGGUGUGAUUCACAGCAGAUGCUCAUCUCCUAAACCACAAACUGCUGUUGGAAAAUAACAAUCUCUGAGACCACCAUGAGUGGCUCACCCCUGCUACUUAUGGCUGGAGCAGACGUUGUGGAAGAGCAGAGGGCUCGCUGGGAGAGAAAACGCAGCCGGACCGCCAAGGAGCUGCUGGAAACUGAGCACAAAUACCUCAAGCAGCUGGAUUUGGUGAUUACAUUCUUCGUGACAAUUUUAAAGGCCAAAGGGACGCUUAAACCUGCUGUAAUGGAAACCAUAUUUGGACCCCUGGAAUCCAUAUAUUCGGCCAGCCAGGUUCUGUCGCUUCACCUGGAGAGAGGAAAUUUAGGACUGGGGUUAGAAAAUUUCUGUCAGAAAUUGGAGCUUUAUGGCCACUAUGCCGAGAACUUGGAACAGGCAAAUAAAACCUUGAAGGAGCAGCUGAGGAAAAAUAAGUCAUUUCGACGCUUUAAGAAGCUCCAAGAGACUCGACCUCAGUUUCAAGGAAAGAAGCUAGAGGAUUUGCUUCCUUUGCCUCUGCAGAGAUUGCAACAGUACAAGCAUUUUCUGAGAGACCUGCUGGAGAACACCAGCCCAGACAGUGCUGAGUACCAGAAACUUACAAAGACUGUGAAAUCUGCUUCUGAGGUAUCUCAAUGGGUCCAGGACAUUGUUCGUAAGAGAGAGAAUUCACUGCAGCUACUUCGUGUUCAGAAGCUCCUCAAAGGACGGAAGACCCAGCUGUUGACUGCAGGGCGCUGGUAUAUCCGAGAAGGCUGGCUUUUGGUGGUGCCUUCCAAGGGAAAAGAACUGAAGCGCAGGAUGUUCUUCCUUUUUUCUGAUAUCUUCGUUGCAACAAAACCCUGCCACCCACUUCACCUGCUAAACUCGAACAAAUUUGCAUGCACGGCUGUCUACCCACUUCACCAGUGUGAGGUGGAUAAAGUGUUUGGCCACACACAGAGCCAGGGAGGGCUCCUCAGUCUUUCCUUCCCACACAAGACGCUGUUGUUGAUGUCCAGUGACCAGCAAGAUGUUAAUGACUGGUAUCAGAGUCUCAAAGCUGCAGUCAGGCGUCUGAAAGCCUGACCCAUCUGAGAACAAACUGGCAGGACAACCAUCCGUCUUGAUAGAAAGCUACAUAAUUUUAGGAUGUGUUCAAGGACAUAAUAGUAGUAGAGUUGCAUUUAGAGCGACUACACACCAAGCCUGUGAAAUUAUGCUUUGUCAGCUUACUGAUAUGGCAAAAAAAUGUGUAUAUACAUUCAGAAUUUGUGUAUUAAGAAUCUAUAUUAAGCCUUUCCCCCAAUUUAGCUUAGAAGCUUCUAGAUUUCCCAUACUUUUUCUCCUGAUUGUUAACUUAAGGACAACUAGAAGAAAACUUGCUGUGCUUUCCUUUAUUAAAUGUUUUUUUAUCUACCCAUCUUUCUAAA